GGUGCUGCCACUGUGCAUCUCUUCCCUGUCCUGUCCUAGAGUGAAGAGCAGUCUUCCCUAAGCCGAGAUGCUACCCGCAUGUUGUUGCCUGUCCCGGCAGGCACCCUGCAAAAGUGGGUGGAGUACCUGGUGCCCACUGUCAUGCGUGGCAACGACUCUUACGUCCACACGUUUCUGCUGGCCUACAGAAACUUUGCCACUCCCCAGCAGGCGCUGGAUCUGCUUUUCAUCAGGUACAGAAGAAUCGUUUCGGAUUUUCAUGGGGAUGGCGGAUCCCUGGAGCAGCUAAAAUGUGCCAUGUCCUCCAUCCUAAUGAUCUGGCUGGAAUUCCAUUCCAUUGAUUUCAACGAGCCUCCUGGAUUUCCUUGUUUGAAGUCUCUCCUGGCCUAUGUAAACGCCAAUCUGCCAGGUUCAGAGGUGGAGCGCAAGGCUGAUCUUAUUCUGGCCCAGCUGGAGAAGCUGGAGCACCUGGAGCCCAGUGAGGCGGAGAUUGAGGGUUCAGAGGUGGAGCGCAAGGCGCAAGAUCUUCUUCUGGCCCAGCUGGAGAAGCUGGAGCACCUGGAGCCCAGUGAGGCGGAGAUUGAGGGUGAGGAGGAAGAGGUUACAGCUUCUGCCCAGGAUGAACAACUGUCCCAAGAGCUAAUGACAUCUUCAGCUCCAGCUUCAGCUCCACCUCCACUGCCAGAGCCAGAGCCUGAGCAAGAUCUGGAGCCCAAUCCAGAGCCAGAGCAAGAGGCAGAGCCUGACUCAGAGCAAGAACCAGAGCCCAAGCCACAGAAAGAUCAGGAGCAAGAUCCUGAGCAAGAGCAGGAUCCAGAGCCCGAGCCCAAGCCAGAACUAGAGCUGGAGCAUGAGCAAGAUCCUGAGCUAGAGCCAGAGGCCAAGCCAGAGCCAGAGCAUGAGCAUGAUCCUGAGCCAGAGCGAGAGCCAGAGGGACAGCAAGAGCAAGAUCAAAAGCAAGAGGAGGAUCAAGAUCCGGAGCCUGAGCACGA